UGUGCUUCCAUGGACCAAUCACAAGUGAAAAAAAAUUAAAUUUUUGACGAAGACUUCACUAGUUCGUUCUCUUUCUUCCCUCUCACUCUCUGACUCUGUGCCGGAGACUCCACUGUUUCCACACGCUGUCCGAAGGUCCUGAACACGCUACUGGUUGGAAAGAUGAAGGGAGUGUUUUGGUUUCUAUUUGUAUCAGUGGUGAUUGCAUCAUCGAUUCCUCUCUCACACUGCUCCAAAAAACCGGUUGGGAUCGCUAGAAAGGAGGAUAUACCAUAUAUAAAGUGUCAAGUUUGUGAGAUUCUUGCAAAACAGCUGUAUCAGCAAGUUCAGAGCAAGAAAGCUGAGAUUUCUCCCAAGAAGAUCUCGGAGUACCAGAUCAUUGAGAUAGCAGAGAAUGUUUGUAAUCUGAAAAAGGUUGAAGCGGAUUGGAUAUUGCGUAUAGAUAUUGUAGAAAAAGAAGAUAGGUUGGAGCUGGUGGAGCAUGACUCUGAAGGACAGUGCAAUUCUGAAUGCAAGACAAUUGAGCGUGCUUGUCAGGAUGUUAUGGGAUAUUCUGAUACUGAUGUUGCUGAAUAUCUAUAUAAAUCUAAGCAUGACAUUGACUCACUGUUCAAUUAUCUGUGUAAAGACCUGAGCAAAUCAUGCAAUACAAAGCCACCUCCUGUCCCUAAGGACAGGACUCCUGGUGAACCAUUUGUUGCAAAGUCUUCUAAGGAGGCUGAAAUGGAAAAACUAUUAAAAUCUAUGGAGGGUAUGCCAGGAGCACCCGGCAUGAAAAUGUACUCAAGAGAUGAUUUAAUGAACAUGAAAAAUUUUGGCGGUGAAAAUGAAGAUGAUGAUGAGGACGAGGAGGAUGAUGAAGGUGACGCAGGCUUUCCUUCAAAAUUGGGAAAAGUUUUGAGAUCAAAAGAAAAUGAAAAAGGUGAUUGGAAGCAGAAGAUAAGAAAAGGAAUUGUGGACACAAGCACAACGCUUAAGAAACAUGCAACCAAAGUUUCCAAUCGUAUACAACGGUGGUGGAAAGGAAAGAAGACAACCUCUUCAAAGUCUUCAAAGAGUUCUAAAUCAGAGCUUUAGAGCUCUCAUAAACUAACUCUGCAUCUUAUGAUUAUGGAAGAAUUGCAAGGCAUUUCCGCAAUGUUUAGUUACCGGUACUACACCUAAGACAGAUCGGAAGUAGGAAUAUUUGGAGGCAAUCAAAGGAGAACUUUACAAUCACCACUUUGAGUGAUGCAUAUCCCAAUCAAGGGUUUGCUAUAUAUUUACAUGUAUUUUAUUAGUGAGGCAAUUAUGUAUGAGGGUGUAUUAUACCAGCUAAACUAUAGUGAUGUUUAAGGUGUUUUCCAGGGAGUUUCAUUGUUCACCCUUCCCCA